AUGAAUAACACAAGCGGCUUGACGCUGGCGGGGACGGACAGCCGGGAGCAGUUACCGGCGCACCGCGUUGUAACGGGGUGCGUUCUGACCCUGCUCAUAAUCUGGACGCUCGUCGGGAACUUCACUGUGUGCGCCGCCGUUUUUCGCUACCGGCACCUGCGGGCCAAAGUAACCAACAUCUUCAUCGUGUCUCUCGCUCUCUCGGACCUCCUGGUCGCCGUGUUGGUGAUGCCGUGGAAAGCCGUGGCAGAGGUGGCCGGUUUCUGGCCAUUUGGGAGGUUCUGUAAGACCUGGCUGGCCUGCGACAUCAUGUGCUCCACGGCCUCCAUCCUCAACUUGUGCGUCAUUAGUGUGGAUCGAUACUGGGCCAUCUCCAGCCCUUUCCGCUACGAGAGGACUAUGAACAAAAGGAUGGCCUCUGUUAUGAUCGGCGUGACAUGGACGGUGUCCGUGGUCAUCUCCUUCGUCCCCGUGCAUCUGAACUGGCACCGGGCAGAGAUUGGUGACGCGGCCGCGGAAGGUGACAGCGGGAGUUGUGACUCCAGCCUGAGCCGCACAUACGCCAUCUCAUCCUCUCUCAUCAGUUUCUACAUCCCUGUGGCUAUCAUGGUAGUCACAUACACCCGCAUCUACCGGAUAGCCCAGAUGCAGAUAAGGAGGAUAUCCACUCUGGAGCGAGCGGCUGAGCACGCACAGAGUUGCCGCUCGGAUGCGCCUGAACACUUUUCUCACUUGUUCACAGAUCUGAGUAAGAACUUUUACCAGUCUCAUCCUCAUCCUCACCCUCAUUCUCAUCCUAAUCCUCAUCACGGCCACCGCGCGCUCAGGGUGUCCAUCCGAAAAGAGACAAAAGUCCUCAAAACUUUGGGCAUCAUCAUGGGUGUCUUUGUCUGUUGCUGGUUCCCAUUCUUUGUCCUGAACUGCGCCCUGCCCUUCUGUCCCGAGCCGGGGACGCCAGGCGCUCAGCGUGGCGCGUACUGCGUCAGUGAGAAAACUUUCGAUGUGUUUGUGUGGAUCGGUUGGAGCAACUCGUCUCUCAACCCGGUCAUCUACGCGUUCAACGCAGACUUUCGUGAAGCCUUCCUGCGCCUUUUGGGCUGCCGCGGAGAGGGAUGCUGGUCCGCGGUGAGCGCAGCAGUGGAGACCGUGGUGGCGAGCAACGAGGUCGGAUCCUUGAAGCAGGACAGUCCGCUGAACGCGGAGCUGCGCGUCUCCCGUGGCAUAAACACCAGGGGAAGCGCGGACAGUGGCAAAAGCACAUUGACUGUAUUUUAUCACAGAGGGACAGCGUUGGACCAGGUGGCAGACACAGAGGAAACCAACAACAAGGACAGACUGACGCACAUACCCUUAUGA